CAUUUUACCUCAAGUGGGAGGCCCAAAUCUGCAGAGUCCAUUUACCCGUUUCUAACAUCUCCCCUCUUUCCACCCUUAAGCCCUAAAUUCUGUGUGCUGCCAUUUGCACACUGGUCCUAAAACCCUAAUUACCAUAUUGCUACCCCCUUGCUUUUGCUUCACUUCCAAAUCCAAAAUUUGCAACAAUUUCUGUCAUACUUCUGCUAAAAUUUCUCAAGUUUGAGCUCACAAUUGUACCAUGAAGGCCAAAAACCUGAAAAAGAAGAAAGCUUCAGCUCAAAACACCCAGAAAAAGGGUAAAAAAAGAUUUUCAGUUGAAAAUGACCCAUUUUUCGAUGAAGACAAUGACAUAAAAAGGCGAAGGAUGUUUGGAGACGAUGAAGAUAUAGAGAGUAGUGAUGAUUCGGAGGACAUUUACGGUUCCGAUGACGAAGGAGUGGAUAGGAAUGUGGGAAGGGGUGAGGAAGAAGAAGAGGAGGAGACGGCAGCGGAGAAGAGGAAGAGGGUGGCGGAGGCGUAUUUACGUAGUGUGAGGGAGUUGAAGAGGAAGGAUGAGGAAGAAAGAGAGAGUGAAGAUGAGUACGAUAGAGAGGAGAGGGAAGCGAUGAGAGAUUCGCGAGUGGCGGAUAUGUUGCAGCAGGAGCAGAUGGAGGAGAGUGGUCGUGUUAGAAGAGCUAUUGCUUCCAGGAUUCAAAAGCCUACAGAGGGAUUUCACCUUUUAGUGAAACAUCGACAAUCCGUAACUGCUGUGACUUUAUCUGAGGACGACUUAAAAGGAUUUUCAUCUUCUAAAGAUGGUACUAUUGUUAGUUGGGAUGUGGACAGCGGAAAGACUGAAAAGUAUAAAUGGCCUACUGAUGAAGCUUUGAAGUCACAUGGUGCAAAGGAUCCACAAGGUCGAGCUACGAAACAUAGUAAGCAUGUUUUAGCUUUGGCUGUCAGCUCUGAUGGACGCUAUUUGGCAAGUGGAGGCUUGGAUCGUCACGUUCAUUUGUGGGACGUUCGGACACGGCAGCAUAUCAAGGCAUUCCCUGGUCAUAAGGGACCUGUUUCAUGUUUGACAUUCAGACAAGGAUCUUGUGAACUGUUUUCAGGGUCGUUUGAUCGAUCCAUCAAGAUAUGGAAUGUGGAAGAUAGAGCUUAUGUAAAUACCUUGUUUGGUCAUCAAAGUGAAGUUCUGACCAUUGAUUCUUUGAGGAAAGAAAGGGUGUUGACUGUUGGACGAGAUCGAACCAUGCACUUAUGGAAGGUUCCAGAGGAAUCUCAAUUGAUAUUUCGUGCUCCAGCAACUUCCCUUGAAUGCUGCUGUUUCAUCAAUAAUGAUGAGUUUUUAUCUGGUUCAGAUGAUGGAAGUAUUGAGCACUGGAACGUAUUAAGGAAGAAACCUGUCCACAUUGUAAAAAAUGCACAUUCUUCAUUGCAAUCAGCGGGAAUUGAACAGAUAAAUGGGGCUCUAUCAAAUGGCCACAUGGAAAAUGGCACCCUUAAUCCUCAGAGUCAUUCCUCAUCAGCACUAUCUUGGGUUAGUGCGCUGACAGUCUGCAGAAAUAGUGAUCUUGCAGCAUCAGGAGCUGGCAGUGGGUCCGUUCGAUUGUGGACAAUUGAAAAUGAAUCAAAAGGCAUCCGGCCAUUGUUUGAGCUCCCAGUGGCUGGAUUUAUAAAUUCCUUAGUUUUUUCAAAAUCAGGACAGUUCUUGGUUGCUGGAGUGGGACAGGAACCUCGCCUAGGAAGGUGGGGACGUAUUGCUGAUGUUCGAAAUGGAGUUGUUGUGCAUCCUUUGAAGUUUUCAUGAUUUUGACCUCGUUGCGCAUUAUCAAUUUUGGCUCAUGCCAAACGGGAUUUACUAUUUUUGUGGGGUUAAUAUUUAUUUAUAUUGUCAACAAAAUUUUGAUCUAUCAAUUUUGAUAUCUUUUUCUUCUCUUUUCCCCUUUGUUCAUAUUGAAUCAGCUACGUGAUAGAGAAAUACAGAACAAUAUUAGUGUAUUAGUUUAAAUUCAUGUGGUCUCACAGUUUCAAGGUCUUACUUUUUUACUUUCCAAGAAAUAACCAAAAUCUAUCAAUUUGUUCUUUGUUUUCACAUA